AUGUUUCCAAGUGAAAAUACCUCUUGUGGCAUUGCUCUGAAAAAAUUCAUCAGUGAUGUAGAAAGUCUAAUAGCAAAUUAUCAGGUAAAGAUAGCCCAACCGUUGGGUUUAUCUUCUGUAAAGCGACGUAAUUUUCGGCAGAAUUAUGAACACACUUGCAAGCGUUGUUCACGGCGAUAUAAGUACCGGCAUACACUUUCGCGACACAUGAAGUACGAAUGUGGUAUGAGGCCUGCAUUUGGCUGCCCAUUCUGCGACUACCGGGCUAAGCAGAGGUUCAGCCUGCUGGGACAUGUCCAGGCCAGGCACAAGAAAGACUUCCAAUAUGCCGAACUUCUUAAAUGCCUGGAAGAGCCGCCUUUCUCGCUUACCUGA